AUGUUUGGUCAAAAUCUCCCCUUUCAUCUCGAAUCCCUUUCACCCGAAGAACGACGCAUUCUUUUUUCUGACCUGCCGAUCCGUCUCUCGCUAAUCUUACUGGUGUUACGAACCCAAGCCGUAUUAUCUCAGCAGGGACAAUCAAAAAUACAGUAUCUCACACAGGAAGUGGACUUUCAGACAUGUCCCGUGUCCGCCAAAAAACUUCCGUGUAUACCAUCGAGUUAUUGGUAUAGCGUUGGCAAUAGCGGGAGGAUUCGUCUAGUAUCCCGAUUUCUUGGGUAG